AUGUCAACCGUUGAAGGAACAGCAGCUACAUAUACUACUCCAGGUUCCGACUUUGCCAAUGUCCUCAAACCAACAAACUUCAAGAUUGACUUUGAUGCCGUUAAGCCAUCACAAUUGGUUCUCAAAGCAUUGGCCUCACCAAUUAAUCCUGCCGACUUAAGUCAAAUUGUGGGUGGUUACAACGAACCAAAACGUUUUACCGAUCUUGGUACCACACCAAAUGACCCAGUAAGUGUUGGAGGUAACGAAGGUGUUUUCAAAGUGGUACACGUAGGUUCAGAUGCAGGUUCGGAGUUUAAAGUUGGCGACCACGUCAUUCCAUUGCUCCCAUCUUUUGGUACAUGGCGCUCAUAUGCAACUGCCGAGCCAAAAGAUUUGAUCAAAGUCAAUGGCAUCUCUGUUGACCAAGCCUCCACCAUUUCCAUCAACCCGUCCACCGCUUACCAGAUCUUGAACCAAUAUGUCACCGACUGGGACACCAAAGGCGGCAAUGAUUGGAUUGUUCAAAACUCAGGUAACUCACAAGUUAGUAAAUUUGUCAUCCAAUUAGCCAAAGCAUUAUACAAUGUCAAUGUCAUUUCCGUGAUCAGAGACGGUAAACCACAGGAGGUAACUGAUGAAUUGAUCAAACUUGGUGCAAAACAUGUUAUCAACGAAUCCGAGUUUACAAAGGAAGAUUUUGAUAUCACUAAAUACACCAAUGGUGGCAAUGUCAGAUUGGCAUUGAAUGGAUCAAGUGACCCAACUGUCCCAAGCUUGGUGAAGAGUUUAUCCAAAAAUGGUACCUUAGUCUCGUUUGGUGUUGUUGGCGGUACCAAGAUUGAAUAUGAUGCAAGAUUACAAUUGUUUAAGAACUUAUCAACCAGAUCUUUUUGGUUAACUGCAAACACAUAUGCCAACCCGGAUUUAAAGAAGGACACAGUUGAGAAAUUGGUGGAGAUUUACAAAACAGGGAAGAUUUCCGAUGUUCCUUACAAUAAAGUCAGCUACAAAGCAGGCCAGGAUUUGGCUAAAUUAGUAGUCGAUGCAAUUGCAGAGUCCAAGAAAUCAGGCAAACAAGUUAUCUUUUACGAGUGA